AUGGUGUGUGAUGCAGCUGAGGAAUGGGGAUUGAUCCGACUUGUUAAUAAUGGGAUUUCUACUGAGGAGAUUUUUUGGGUUCGGAAAUCAGAAAGUGAUCCAUGGAUACAUGUCGCUCCAAUAAAUGGAGCCUUAGUGAUAAAUGUUGGUGAUGCUCUAGAAAUCAUGAGCAAUGGGAACUACCAAAGUAUCGAGCAUUUUGUGACUGUUAGUAAAAAUCACAAUAGGAUUUCGAUGCCAUUUUUUGCAAGUCCAAUAUCUUGUGCAAUUAUCGGGCCUUUUGAAGAAGUGCUUGAGAGCACCGGAGAAGAACCACUCUAUAAAGAGUGUCUCUACUCGGAGUAUGCAACACAUUUUUACCCAAAAGCUCAUCGUGGAAAAGACUAA